CUUGACUUCGAGUCCACUUUCGGCCAACUAUUGCACCAUUUCAAUAGGCCUAGCAUGUAACAGUAAUUCUUGUAUGCUGUAUGUUCAUUGUUCUUAAGCAGACGCCGUCUAUUAAAUAAUUUAAAGGCACAGUAACAGGAUUUACAACAUAGAUUCUGUUUUUAAAAUCGUUUAAAUUUAGAUAACGUUAACUUUUAGUAAUUAAAGAUUAAAAAUGGCAGAGUCAGACUGGAGUGAGGUCACCUACAUUGGUCACAGACCCGGAAAGGCAGGACAGUUGAGGUCCAAACAGGCUGUUAACUCAGCCUUAAGAACUGGAGCUGAUGUAGAAACCAGCAAAAAAUUUGCGGGUGGCCAAAACAAACAGAUUUUAGCCAAUAAGAACACAGCAAAACUAGAUAGGGAAACUGAAGAGCUUCACCAUGAGCAUGUGCCAUUAGAUGUGGCUAAACUUAUCCAGCAAGGUCGACAGGCUAAGGGCUGGACACAGAAGGAACUCGCCACUAAAAUCAAUGAAAAACAACAGGUUGUGAAUGAUUAUGAGGGCGGAAAAGCCAUACCUAAUCAAAUGGUAUUUGGAAAAUUGGAAAGAGUUCUUGGAAUGAAACUUCGUGGAAAAGACAAAGGGCAGCCACUGGUAAAAAAAUGAUUGUUUGGAGAGUUACUUUUGGCCGCCACCCUCACUUUACACAAUUUGAUUGUCAGAAAAUCAGCACCACUCACAUUGAGGGCAUGGCCUCCUUGACAAUUGAGCACAAUUGCUGCAAUAUCUACUCUACAGUUUUGCAUUAUUCUUUAUAUAGAAAAAUGACAGAUUUUGUAAUUCUUACUUCUGUUAUUAAUUCUUCAGAUUGCUAGUUGUUUUGUUGGAAGGUUUAGUUUAAUCUCCAUUUGAAAAGUCUGCUUAUUGUUCUGACUAGAGAUAAUAUGUAGAGCUCUGAACUCACUGAGUUGUUUGAACAAUUCAAGCUAUGGCCAGGCUGCUGCUUUCUUGCUGGUGUCUUCCAUUGAGCCAGUCUUCAUAAUCUCAUGCCUUUUUAAUUAGAUGAAACAUUAAUAGGUUUUUAAAAUUUCAACCUCUUGAUUAUAUUUCUUUUAAUUUAUCAAUGUUACAUUUGUUUCAAACUAGCUAUAAAGAUGGGGCCACACAUGCUAUUUAACAACACAAGAUGGAGCCACACAUGCUAUUUAACAACACAAGAUGGAGCCACACAUGCUAUUUAACAACACAAGAUGGAGGUAUUUUCACCACCAGAUGGAACUUCUUUUAUCAUGUCAAGUUUGGUCACUUGUAACAUUAUCAUAAGAACCAUAUUGGUGCCUUUUUGUUAUACAGAAACUGCACUAUGGAAUAAAUGUUUGUGUUAUAGAUCUAGUGAGAUUCAGUUGAAAUGACCAUGUCUUUUUGAAUCAUGAGAAUUUUUAAACAAUAGCAGUCAACUUUUAUGGUUCAAUGUUUGCUGAUGUGGUCCAUGUCUUUGAAAGCAGCAGCCAAAGUUUUGAUAUUCAUUGUUGGAAUUAUUUGAUAUAAGACUGGUAUUGGACCCUUCAACAUUGUUCAUAUUACUUUUAAUCUUAAUCAUUGCACUUUGAUCAUCAUUAAUCUCAGACUCAAGUCUGGGUUUUGUGUUUUUACUCAUGGGAUGUUUCCAGUUGAUUCUGUGAAUUAAACUACAUUAAAUCAUU